CUUCGUGAAAGCACGAAAUACAAAAACUCCAGCUCCUCCUCUGCAUUCUGAACUCUGCGCCUCUGGAUAUAUAAACAUCAAAUCCGCAUUACAAUGCUCACUGUGCUUGCUUUCUCCGGUUUUUCAAGCCAUGCCUUCUUUUCUAUAUUUGUGGAGACUCCGCAUCUUGUUCAUGGCCUUGUCUGCUACAAUCUUUGGGAGAUUUAUAUCAGCUUAUGCACCGAUAUAUCGACCUAGCCCAUGGUCUCUUGCUAAUGCCACUUUUUAUGGAGAUGAAUCUGCCUCUGCAACCAUGGGAGGAGCUUGUGGUUAUGGGAAUUUGUUCAACAAUGGUUAUGGGGUAGAUACAGCAGCAUUAAGCUCGACGUUAUUUAACAAUGGAUAUGCAUGUGGGACUUGUUAUCAAAUAAAGUGUGUGCACUCUCCUUGGUGCUUUGCAGGCUCACCUUUUACAACAGUCACAGCAACAAACAUCUGCCCUCCAAACUGGAACCAAGAUUCCAACAAUGGUGGCUGGUGCAACCCUCCCCGAACUCACUUUGACAUGGCUAAGCCCGCCUUUAUGAAAAUCGCGCAGUGGAAAGGUGGCAUUGUUCCUGUCAUGUACCGCAGAGUUCCAUGCAUCAAAAAAGGGGGGCUUCGAUUUUCAUUCGAGGGAAAUGGCUACUGGUUGUUGGUAUAUGUAAUGAAUGUAGCUGGAGGUGGUGACAUAUCCAACAUGUGGGUAAAAGGAAGCAAAACAGGGUGGAUUAGCAUGAGCCACAACUGGGGAGCUUCAUAUCAAGCUUUCGCGACAUUGCAAGGCCAGGCUCUUUCUUUCAAGAUCACCUCGUAUACAUCUAAAGAGACCAUUGUAGCCUGGAAUGUUGCUCCUUCAAACUGGAAUGCAGGAUUGACAUACAGCACCAUGGUCAAUUUCCAUUGAUGCUCUUGGCUCUUCCUUUUUGAGGCAUUUCGCUUUUAUUUAUCGACAUUCUCAUAAUCAUUUUACCACAGGUAUCAUUUUCUUAAUGUAACCGUUAUCUCAGAAGAUAUAGUAUUGAAUUACAAGUUGA